AUGGCGACUCCGCUCCGCGGCCCGUCCGCCUCCGCCAGCAGCAGCGGGACGCCCGGCGCCGAUCGUGGCGCCUCGGCCGGCGGCAGGGCGUCGGUGAUUACAGACGCGCUGACGAGCUCCGGGUCGUCUAAGGCGGCUGCGGCGGAGGGGAAGGGGAGCCCGCUCACAACGGGAGUGACGGCGGGAAUCGUGGCGCAAGGCGUGCCGUUCGACCUGCGGCUGGCCGUGCUGCUGGGCAGAUUCGCGUUUGAGGCGUACUCGACUCCCACUGGGAGUGACAAGCUAUCGGAUAAGGACGGGCAGGCGUGCGCUGCUCUCUUCACCUCCACGCCCUUUGGGCAAGAGCUCUUUCAGGGGCAGCUCUCCGUGCGCGGACUGAAGGCCAUGGGGAAAAUCAAGGCGUGCCAUGCUGAGCUGACGCUGGUGACGCCAGCAGGGAAGGCAGCCACGUGGAAUGGCGUCGCUUGCAGCAGCACGGCUGAUGAUGAUGAUGCUGAUGAGAGUGAUGAUGCUGAUGAUAGUGAUGAUGCUGGUGAGAGUGAUGAUGCUGAUGAUAGUGAUGAUGCUGAUGAGAGUGAUGAUGCUGAUGAGAGUGAUGAUGCUGAUGAGAGUGAUGAUGCUGAUGAGAGUGAUGAUGCUGAUGAGAGUGAUGAUGCUGGUGAGAGUGAUGAUGCUGAUGAGAGUGAUGAUGCUGAUGAGAGUGAUGAUGCUGAUGAGAGUGAUGAUGCUGAUGAUAGUGAUGAUGCUGAUGAGAGUGAUGAUGCUGAUGAGAGUGAUGAUGCUGGUGAGAGUGAUGAUGCUGAUGAGAGUGAUGAUGCUGAUGAGAGUGAUGAUGCUGAUGAGAGUGAUGAUGCUGGUGAGAGUGAUGAUGCUGGUGAUGGUGAUGAUAUCAACUUGCGCGGUGGGGAUGCUGACAACGACGAUGAUGACAGAAACGACCGUGUGGUUGGCACGGCCACCAUUGCCCUCAAAGACACCCGGAUUCGCAAUGUCGAAGGCCUUAAGGUGACUCACGACGGCAAAGAUACAGGCAGUGUCUCAAUGGAGGUAGGUGUGUGGGAGGGAGGUGCAUCUGGGGUGGGUAGGUUUGGAGGUGCUUCAGUGGUUGCAACGCUUCAAGGUGACUCGGGACGGCAAGCCGACAUGUAG